UCAAAUUUCAGGCUGAAAUUCAGUGUCCAAUCGCCCAGUGCUUCUGGAUCACUGUGUUCUUAGAUGUUAAAAAUGCUCAGUUAUACCUGUGAACAUGUAUCACAUGGUUCUGAUAAAACUGGACAUUGACCCAGCAGAGGCAGAACAUCACCAAAAAGAGGCUGUAGUACAGAACGGAGUGAUUUCAAGUGAACGGCCUCAGCCAUUAAGCUCAUGUCCUUAAGCUUCUUCUCGCCAGCUUGAUUUGAAGAGUUUGUGUACAAUGGUGGCAGUUUGGCUCCGAGCCACCACCACACAACCAUCAAGCAGCCGGCCAGCUGACCCUGUGGGACCAUUUGCCUGCUGCUUGCUGGCUGUGGGAGGGAGCUCAUUCAACAACCAUCUGAGGCCCCGGUGAGACAAAGAGCAGACUUGUCUUGCUCUGCACCACAGAAGACCUGUGUCAACCCAUUGUCACAUCUAUAAAACAUUUAUCCCUUUCCUCUAAACAGAGUGUACCAACACGGCUUCUGGAACUGUGUAAAUCACAAGGACAUUUGAUACAGACCAUUAAAAUUUAGUGUAGGAGGCAAGGGUAAUAUCAGAUUCCCAAUUCAAACCAGCAAUUAAUUAUUCAUCACACUGUUAAUUCUACAACCCUGUGCUUCAUCCUAUAACUAUUGACUUCAAUGUUACUGCUCUCCUUACUCUAAGGAUAUAGCUAUUGUGCUAAGUGCGUGAAAAAAUGUCAUUUAGGAUUGCUGUCCUCAUUCCAUUCCUCUCUGCAAUCAACCAGGCUGUGCCAAAAAAAGGGGUGAAGUGUGGCGGCAUUCUCUCCGCGCCGAACGGCAACAUAUCGAGCCCCAACUUCCCGGGGCUGUACCCCUGCGACACCGAGUGCGUCUGGCUCAUCGUGGUGGCAGAGGGCUCUUCCGUCCUGCUGACGUUUCACCACUUCGAGCUGGAGUACCACGCCGACUGUGCCUACGACUACGUGCAGAUUUACAACGGGGCCUCCCAGGACCAAGGCAACCUCCUGGGGACGUUCUGUGGGGAGAACCCCCCUCCGCCGUUCACCUCGGCCUGGCACGUCAUGUCCAUCGUCUUCCGCUCGGAUAGACACGUGGCACACAGCGGCUUCUCUGUGGGAUACAGGAAAGAUGUGUGUGGCGGAGUGCUCACGGGGCUGUCCGGCACCAUAUCCAGCCCCGACUACCCCGACAGCUACCCCAACAACGCCGAGUGCUCCUGGACGGUCCACGUCUCCAACCGCACGGUGGUCAGCCUGGUCUUCCUCGACUUCCAGCUGGAGAACAACGAGCAGUGCGAGUUCGACUACGUGGCUGUGUUCGACGGCCCCACCGCGAGGCACAGGCCGCUCGGCAACUACUGCGGCAGCGAGACCCCCCCCAGCGCCGUGUCCAGCUCCAACCGGCUGCUGGUGGUCUUCCGAUCGGACUUCAACAUCGGAGGCCGGGGCUUCAAAGCGUACUACUACUCCGGGGAAUGCCAGCAGAUCUUCACAGCCAUAAAGGGGAAUUUCAGCAGCCCCCAGUAUCCCGACAUCUACCCCAACAACAUCAACUGCCACUGGACGGUGAGUCUGGCCGCGGGGUACCGGGUCAAGCUGUACGCCGCGGACAUGGAGCUGGAGGACAGGAACAGCCUCACGGACGCCUGCGACUACGACUCCCUGGCUGUUCACGACGGGAGCAGCCAACGGGACCCCCUGCUGGGGAGGUGGUGCGGGGCCGAAAUGCCGCCGCCCCUGCUUUCCCAAAGCAACAAGCUCCUCGUCGUCCUGAACACUGACCGGAACGCGGCUUACAGGGGCUUCUCCCUCUCCUACAUAGGUGUGGUCCCGGUCAACGUGAGCUGCAGCAGGACUGACUUCCAAAUCCAGAUUUCCCAGCAGGCCCUGCCCCAGCUAGACCGCUACAGUGUGUAUCUGGGGAACCCCAGCUGUGCCGCGCAGAUGACAGCAACCACCUUCAAAAUUAUAGCCAGGUUUGUCACCUGUGGCACAGAGUCUCAGAGGAGAAGGAAUGUCACGGUGAUGGUGAAUACCCUGUACGUUGACUUCUCCGACGGCCAGCAGGAGAACAUCCAGGAGUACGAGGUGCAGUGUGAACCCCGACACAAGGAGGCCUCCAUAAAUCUCAUCUCUGGAGAUGACCGAUAUCGGCUGAACCAGCUGACCGAGAGGACGGACACAAAUACCGAGGACGCCGACUCCUCUAACGCAGACGUCCGGGGACAGGACACCAGCGACAUUGUCUUCAUCAGCAUCUGUGUACUAGCUGGUAUUCUAAUGCUGAUUGCGAUUAUUGGUCUAGUGCUUCUUUAACUGCGCAGUGCAAAAAGGGACAGAGACUUCCACUCUACGGUUUAAUUAACUCAUUACAGCAUAGAUUACGAAAUGUAAUAAAUCCAAAUAGAAAUGACUAAAACACAUAGUUAAAAAAAUAUAUUGCUGCCCUAAAUAAGGGGCACAGGAGCAAGCAAAGGCCAAAACAUUCAUCGGAACUCUUCAUAUUCCUGUAAUAUUAAAAAGUAAUAUUUAUA